CCGUUAUCAUCGGAGCGGCCCAGUCUGCCUCGCUCGCCCGCUCGACGCGCGCGGACCUGCUAACGUAACGCAAACCUAACGCUAUACUAACGCAAACCUAACGCGAGUGCCUGCGUUUUAGUGACUUGGAUUGUAUCGUUACUAGGGGCAUGCGGUUGCCAGAAUAGCUUCCAUUGCCGCCUUCGGAAUGCCCGAUUAGAUAACAGCGCGAUAACGAAACCAUCGCUAUGAAUGAACGAAGACAACUCAGAUAGCAAAACGCUCUCGCACAAAACAAAAUGAUUGGAUACGUGGUAAUAUUGUGAAUCCAAAAGGCAUUCCUAAAAACCAAACAGUGACUGAUGGUGUUAUAAAUGCAGUUUUAGCAGUGCAGUGUUUUCAGUGUUUUGGUUUUCUUUUGGUGAUGUGUCAGUGUUAGUGAGCGAUGGGUUGCCAGUUGGGUAAAUUGGCUGCCUCGGAGAGGAGAGGCACGGGGGCUGCUGCGCCGGCAAUCGCGGACGGGCCGCCGCCGGCGACCGACCCGCGGCUGCCGCUGACGGCAAAGCAGAAGUACUCCAUGCUUGCCUCGUGGAAGGGCAUAUCAAGGGCUAUGGAGAAGACUGGCAUUUGCAUGUUUAUAAAACUAUUCGAAGAGAACCAAGACCUGCUGAACAUGUUCGAUAAGUUCCGCCAAUGCCGGACGAAGGAGGAGCAGAUCAACUCCAUGGAGCUGGCGGAACACGCCAACAACGUGAUGAACACGCUGGACGAGGGGAUCAAAGGCCUGGACGACCUGGACAACUUCUUCGAUUAUAUACACCAGAUUGGCGCCAGCCAUAGACGGAUACCGGGAUUCAAAGUGGAAUAUUUUUGGAAAAUCGAGGCGCCCUUCCUUGCGGCCGUCGAGUCCACAUUAGGCGACCGCUACACACCCAACGUCGAAAACAUCUACAAAAUAACCAUAAAGUUCAUCCUAGAAACGCUCGUCGAAGGCUACGAGAAGGCUGGCAACAAAACGUGAGCUGCCAUAAACUAGAAAAAAAAAGAAAACGAAUAAACUUCAAGAACGCUGGCACCCAGUUCAAAGUUUGAAAAUCGAACGCAAGAUUCGAAUGUUUUCCAAUUUUUAUACGCGUCUAUGAGACCGAGUAACAUUCCAACAUUUGGAAUCGUCUUUUAAAUUUGGCAAGUCAAUUUAUGAACAGUGACUAACAAAAUAAUUUAUAUAAAUGUGUAUAUUGUGAAUAUUUUAAUGCGCGUUAAAAGUACUUAAGUUGACAACUGUUAACGAUGGAAGUUUUUAAAGGUUGAGUUGAGAGUUACGUGAGUGUAUGGACUAAGGGGUUUAUUAGUACGCAGGGAACAUUGUACAUGAACGCUUUGCGAAAGUAUUUUUAAGAAAUAGCAUGAAAUGUAGAUACAUAUAUUCGAUAUGUGAGUGUGUUACGUAAGUUAUGGCGAUUAGUUAUUUAAUUUUAAAUAAAUGUCACAAAUGCUUAUUAAUAAAUAUAAUCAGUUCACAAUCAAAACUCACUAGGAAAUGGGGUACUACAUUUAUAAACCUUGUAUAUUUAUACAUAGGUACGGUUUAAUUGAAUUAUGGUGCUUUGGGGUAGCUUCGGAAAAUUGGUAGGUAAUUUAUAAUUUCUAAAAUCGAAAAUAUGUAUGUUCUAAACCUUACUUUCGUAACCAAAACAUCGUAGUAAAUUUUACUAGAUUUCAAAGAGUAUAUUUAAGAGUAUAUUUAGGGGUAUUUAGAAGAUCUAUUAACGAUGUUCAAAUUACACCUUGUCCAAAGUGAUCCCAAUGCUUCUACGGUUAAUAACAAUGUUACUAAGUAACAAUAUAACUAAAAUAUUAAGUGGCAAUGUAACAAUGUUACUAAGUAACAAUGUAACAAUGUUCCUAAAUAAUAAUGUAAAAAUGUUACGAAGUGAGUUUUGAUAGUAAACUGAAGAAAAGACUACGUUCGUUGUUACCUACACUACCAUGGCUGGUCCAUGAAUUUUGUUUUAAAUAUUUUUGCGCUUAAAUUAAUGUUUUAUUGUUAUAAAUUGCGUCUUCCGUGUAUGAGUGUGGAUGAUUUGCUAAUGAAACUAAUUUAAAAAUAAUUAUUUUUCAAUAAACAAGUCAAUAUUGUUAAUACCUAUGUACCUUUACCUUGUUUGUUUUCUGAAAUGUACAGUCGCGUUGAAAAGACGCUGUGUAUUGUGGUAAUUUCAUGCAUCGUAGAAAGGGGUCAUUAUUCUAAGCAAGUCGACUGUCAAAUAAUGAAUAAUAAGUGCUAUUGGGACAUGCAAACAGUGCGACUUUUAAACGCAACUGUACAGUUUUCUGUGGCUGCCACAAAAAUACGCACAUACUAUCUGGCACAAUGUAUUUAAAAAAAUGCACAUUUAGCUUUACUAACCAAGUUUAUCUCUCAGUUUGAGACUUACAAUCAAAUACAAUUUGUUUUCUAUAUUCGUAUCUUACAUAGAAACCUGACAUAACUCGCCAAUUUAAAAAAAAAAAUAGAAAACUGUAAUUUAGUCUUUAUAAUAUACAAAAUGUACACCUGGUGAUUAACGUUUCUAAAUGUUUUAACUAAAAAUAAAAGUAUAUGUACAA